GCCGUCCCCGCACCCGCACCGCGGCUCCUGUUUUGCGGCUCGCCGUUGGACUAGCCUUCGGGACCCUGUUCGCCACGGACAUGCCGCGCGUGUACAUAGGACGCCUAAGCUACAACGUCCGGGAAAAGGACAUCCAACGCUUUUUCAGCGGCUACGGCCGCCUCCUUGAAGUAGACCUCAAAAAUGGAUACGGCUUCGUGGAGUUCGAGGACUCCCGCGACGCCGACGAUGCCGUUUACGAGCUGAACGGCAAGGAGCUCUGCGGCGAGCGCGUGAUCGUGGAGCACGCACGGGGCCCACGUCGCGAUCGCGACGGCUACAGCUACGGAAGCCGCAGUGGUGGAGGUGGAUACAGCAGUCGGAGAACCUCUGGCAGAGACAAAUAUGGACCACCUGUUCGUACAGAAUACAGACUUAUUGUAGAAAAUCUUUCUAGUCGUUGCAGUUGGCAAGAUUUAAAGGAUUUCAUGCGGCAAGCAGGUGAAGUCACCUAUGCAGAUGCUCACAAAGAACGCACAAAUGAGGGGGUAAUUGAAUUUCGUUCCUACUCUGACAUGAAACGUGCUUUGGAUAAACUGGAUGGUACUGAAAUAAAUGGCAGGAAUAUUAGGCUUAUUGAAGAUAAGCCACGAGCAAGCCAUAGGCGGUCAUAUUCUGGAAGCAGAUCCAGAUCACGCUCUAGAAGAAGGUCACGGAGUAGGAGUCGCAGGAGCAGCCGCAGUAGAUCUCGAAGUAUCUCAAAAAGUCGCUCCCGAUCCAGGUCACGGAGCAAAGGUCGAUCUCGUUCUCGAUCAAAAGGCAGGAAAUCUAGAUCAAAGAGCAAAUCUAAGCCCAAGUCUGAACGGGGUUCCCAUUCACACUCUCGAAGCAGAUCUAAGGAUGAGUAUGAAAAAUCCCGAAGCAGGUCUCGGUCUCGAUCUCGGUCCCCCAAAGAAAAUGGAAAAGGUGAUAUAAAGUCAAAGUCCAGAUCAAGGAGCCAGUCUCGUUCCCAUUCACCUGUACCUGUACCACCCUCAAAGGCUCGGUCUGUAUCCCCUCCACCAAAAAGAGCUUCGAGAUCCCGUUCUAGAUCUCGUUCAAGGUCCAGAUCAAGUUCCAGAGAUUAAUCCAGAACUCUGUUCUUUGCACACUAUUAGAGAACACUUUCCUACUUGCUUAGGCAGUUACUCUUCCAUGUUUGUACUUGGCCUCUUCUGCAAGAGGAUCUCCUAAGAACAGGGGCACACAGAAGUUUAAUUUGUGGCCAAAUUUGAUGAAAAAGAUGAGGUUCUAAAAUGGUGGCAUGAAGUUAAAGACCCUCCCCCUUCUUUGUAGAAUUAAGAUAACUUUUGAUUUUAUAGCUUUUGAGCUAAAAUAACUUUUGUAAAGAUUAAGCUCAUUUAGAUUUUUUUUUUUUAAGUAUUUCAGCAGGAUCUGCUGCAGGGUUUGUUUUUUGUUUUGUUUGCUUAUUUUUAAAUUAACCGUUUCAAGCUUUGGAUACUUAAGGCUUUAGAGGGAAACCCAAUUUUCAAUUAUGUUAGCUUUUUAUAAAGCUUGAGUUAUGUAAGUUUUAAAUAAAAGUUUGCUACCAAGAUGAUUGCCUUAUUGAAUAGGUCACUGUUAAAUUCUUUAAAUGUUGAUAUCUGGUAUUUGUGAAAACAGUGUAAAACAAGGCAAGCCUCAGACCAGCAAUAAAUUAUUCCGUUUGGAUAACAUUAUUUUGUGCUGUUAAUCAAAUUUGCCAAAGUCUUUAUCUGUCCCUUAACAAGUUGAGUUAAAAAUAAAAAUUAUUUUGUAGUUGGUCUAUUACAUAACUUUGUUAAAUUGAUAGAUUUUUAAAUAAUGAAACUUUUCAGGCUUAAAUUUUGAACUUUGAAGAGCUCCUAGUGCUUGGGAUCUUGUUUAGCUGGCAAUCCCAUGUUCUGCAAGUGAUCGAUGUGACUAGUCCUGUUAGGAGUAUGGUUUGGUGGUCUUUAACACUUGUUACGUAAAAAUGGAAGUAGUCCUACCUAGAAAUUUAGUGUAUUCCAAGUGGAAAAGCACAUAAUGCAUUUUCUGCUGAAAGAUCAUUAUACUUAACAGAAAGAUCAUUAUGCUUAACAGGCACUUAACAGAUUAUUUAGUAAGUCAGUUGAUAAUUAAACUCCCAAUAUUCAGGUUCCUUAGUAGUUACAAUUUGUUUGGCUCAUCUUUGUAAAUGUUAUACUUUCAUGUGGUUGAUUUAAAAAACAAUGAAAUGAGUACUUUGUACUUUUUGAAUGAAGUAUAAUGGAUACUGUGGAAAUCAAAUUAUACUACAAAUUUGUGGGACUUGUUGGGUUACUAACCCAUACAUCCAUUCCUAGGUAGAUUGCAGUUCAAGAAAUGAUUACCUUCUACCCCUUUGGGUACUUCUAAAUAAUUUCAUUUUUAAAAAUUAGCUUUAGUCUGAAGUCAAGGUUUAGGUGAAUUGGCUUAGGUUUAAUAAUUUCUAAGACCUAUCUUGAAUUGUCAGUAAGGCAUGAUAAUUCCUACAUUUUUAGAUUGAUAAAUAGGACUACAUAAUCAGAAGACAUCCUAAUAAAACAAGGUUGAUUGAGAAAAGUGAGCCAAGGAUCUAAGUAGAUGUCAGUCACAGUAGUUGGAAGUACUUGGUAACAUGGAAACCUGGUUUUUAAGAAAUUCUUACCUAGGUUUUCUGUUUGAAAAAAAAUUUUCAAAUCCUAACUUUGGGAAUAUAGUGCACCAUAAAAUUGAUGCUGCUUCCGUUAUUUUUUUCUUUGAUGCUUUAUGUAGCUGUUUAUAAGAAAUUGUUUUAUUUUUUCAAGAUAAAUAAGAAUAUAAGGAGAAGAAGAAAUGGUGUCUGUAAGUUUAGUUAUUUUGCCUGUUUAAAGAUUAGAAAUCCAUAACUCUUAAAAUAGGCCUUGAGCAGUUUUUUUGUUUUCAGAGAAAGACCCGUAAAGGCUUUUUGAGCCACAGCCUUUUAAAAGGAGGCAAGGACCGGGGAAUAUAACUCAGUGGCAGAAGUGCUUCCCUGCCAAGCACAGGGUCCUGAGUUCAAUUCUCGAGAUCCAAAAAAAAGGAGGCAAGGGUGAUACUACAUUGAGAUUUGGCUUUCUAAAAGUAUCACAUCUCAUGUGGACUUUGUUACUAUGACAUCAUUUGAGAAGAGGCAUACAACUACAUCAUUAGCUGCCUCAGUAAGUGGUUAUUACUUAGGUACAUAUUUGCAUCCAUAAAUUUUUUAGUAAUGGUGAAGACCAGUUAUUAAAAAUUCUAUUCCGAAUCUGUAGACCUAAGUUACUGAAUGCUUUAAGUCGCUGUAUGUAUAACAUUGGCCUACUUACAAAAACAGUUGACUGAUUUAAAGUGCUUCCUUGCUAACUAGUGAGCAGAGUCAGAGAAUCAGCAACGUGCCUCACAUUUUUGUUCAGUUGCUGGAUGCAGUAUUGAUCAUAUAGCACAAGGAAGGUGAGGAGCAUCGAGAAUCCCCUUUCUUUCACUCAGUGUUUUAUUGAUUUGCCAUAGUACCUUUCUGGCCAGUUUGAGUCCUGCCUACUCCAACUUUUUAUGUUCCCAUUCCUGUGUUACCACCUUUCAUCUUGAAUCUUCUUUUUUCCACUUUGUUAACCAAUUUUACGCAUUUACUUCAAUAAAGUGCUUACUGAGGGAAA